UGGUAACGAUCACGCUCAGUUUUUGCACGCUCACAUACACAAACAAGGGUAACAACGUGAAGAGAGCGAGAAAGAGAGAAAAGAGAGCUCGAGGGAGAGAAAAAUAAAAAUUUCCAGCGGCGUCGGUGGAUUUGGUAUUGUUCUGAACGCUGCGCCGCAGUUUCGAGUUUUUGCCUGUUUUAUUCCACUCCGAUUUGUUAAAAGAAAAGCAAGCGUUCCAUGUCAGACAUGCUGAAAAUGGCAAAUGUUGCAAAUCCGCUGCAAACAAUGAAGAAAACAAACGGUGAGGAGGAUUCCGAGGAGUCUGACAUGGAAGAUCAGGAUGAAGAAGAGGAGGAGGAGGAGGAGGACGAUCUCCCGGACGAUGUGGUGCUACAAAUCGACAGCGAGGAUGAGGCAGAACUGGAAGCGCAGCGCAUCCGCUUGGUGGAAGAAGAAGCAGCAAAGACAACAAAAAAGGCAGAGAAAGAACUGCAGGAACAACAACAAGCGCAGGUCAGUAACGGUAACGAAGAGCAACUGGAGGAAACUGGAAAACCCAACAACAGUAGUAAGCGCAAGGGCCGUGGAAGGCCCAAACGCAGGGCUUCCACUAGCUCGCAGGCUUCCAGUGCGUCGAUUGCGUCCAUAGCUUCCCUCGCUUCCAGUGCUUCCCUAGUGGCAGCACAAGUUCUCGCAGAUGAGAAGUCACGGCGCUUUAUCUACAGCUGUUCCAGCUGCACACACCACUACGCCGACAGCCUGAUCCUCUCCAGACAUUUCCAGCGCGCACAUGCCGAGAAGCCGAAGAAAAAACGCGGUAAGACCAAGUGGGAUUCCCUGGCAGAACCUCUGGAUAUUACGCCACCCCUGACAUUUGACCCUUCAGAACUGGGUCACCUCAAGCCUUGUGCCCAGUUGCUCGUCCAAGGGGAAUCCCUGCUGCAGCUGUGUCUCGCCUGCAACUCACAGUUUGUGGAUGAGGUGCGUUUCCAGGAGCAUCUCAGCCAGCAGCAUGGCUAUUUCAAGCUACUGGUGCCCAAGGAUGAACCCACCGAUCUCCCGCCCCAGGCCAUGGUCACCAUUCCGGGGGCUCUGGCCCUGGGCAAGUCCAAUUCCCAACUACAGCUGCCCAUUCCAGCUCCAGAAACUCCUCCACCCGAGCAAGAUGCCAAGGAAUCGCCAGCCAAUACCGGGUCCAAUGACAAGGAGGAUCUGGCCCUGAUAAACGCCAUGGUGGCCGAGAUUGCAGCAGACCGCGUGAAGAAAACCAGUAGUCCUAAGGUCAGCAAGAUGAUUAUUAAGCUGCCCAUGCCCAACAAAAGGGGCAGAAAAAGGUCUAAACCCGAAAAGAUUCGGGACAGCAAGGAUAAGUCUGAGAAGAUCCGUGAAAGAAAGCAGGAGAAGCCUGAGAAGAAGAAGAAACUGGACAAAAAGGAGGAACAGCAGCCAGAUUUUGAGCCACUUACGCCAAAGAAAUCUGACAUAGAGGCGGAACAGCAGCAGGAAAAGGAUGUAGGGGAUCAGCAGGAACCAGAAAGUGCUGAAAUGGAACUGCAACAUUCGGAAAAGGUCGAGAAAAAUCAACCGAAGCUGCAACAUUACAGAUAGAAGUCCAGCCAUCGCCUAAGAAUGCUGAGGAGUGCCAGCUUCCAGAGAAAGAUGAGCAGCAGACGCUGGAAAAGUCUGCGAAAGAUCAAAUUUUGUCGGAGAAGACUAUUGCGGAGCUGCGAGUACUACCAAAAGAUG